UCCAGCCAAACAAGCGCUUAGCCGUACUGUUCGCCUUCAGAUUUUGCGCUAUGCUUCUUCUUCAGCCAUUUCUGAUCACCUCCCGGUGAUCAUAGGUCGUCGUUAGGGUUUACUCCAGGAUCGGGACACCGCCGGUCAUCCUACGUCAGCACGACCAUCGUCUUCCUCCUCCCUCUAGCGUCACUAGGGUUUUCUGUGCUACAUCUUCUCGAUCUCAAUCUCAUUGCAGGCCUUGUUCUCCGCAUUCAUGGAGGUUGCCAGGACUGAAGGUGAUGAGCUUAUAGCAGACUAUGUAAACUGCCUCAUGUCAUUGGAUGCCAACUCCCGCCCAAUUGAGAAUAUCAACCCUUCAGGUCUUUCAGUGUCUGCCCCAACCCAGAUACCAACAAGUAUUCCUUCAGUGCUGAAUGAACAGCCAGCACCAAAAGAUUUUGUUCAGGCAGGUGUGGAAGAGAUAAAGCUGGAACCUGUUUUGGGCAUGGAGUUUGAAUCUGACGAGGCUGCGAAGACGUUCUACAACGAGUAUGCAAGGAGAUUGGGGUUUCCUUUCCGUGUUGGUAGGUCCCGACGAUCCAAAGGGACCGAGGAGGUGCUGAUUAUGAAGAGAUUUGUGUGUUCAAAAGAGGGCAUAUAUCAGAAGAAACCUUCGAACGAGGGAACGAGGAAGCGCGAAAGGAUCUCUAUGAGAGAAGGUUGUAAGGCUAUGAUGGAGGUCAUUCGUGAGAGCGAUCGAUGGGUAGUCUCUAAGCUGGAGAAAGCGCAUAAUCAUCAUCUUGGUGCUUGUACGAGGGUUGGUUACCUUCGUUCAAGAGGCUUCAUUGAUGCUUCAGAUAAGGCAAACUUCAUGGUUUCCGAUACAAUGACGGUGCUUCGUCAAAAUGCCUUCGGUCAAGGUGGAGAUGCUCAGAGUCUUCUUGAUUACUUCAAGAGAAUGCAAGCCGAGAAUCCCACAUUCUUCUACGCAAUCCAAGUUGACAACAAUAGCUGCCUAACUAAUGCUUUAUGGGCUGAUGCGAAGGCUAGAACUUAUUAUAACUGCUUUGGAGAUACUGUUACAUUCGAUACAACUUAUAAGAAGAAUAAAUACAUGAUGCCCUUCGUUACCUUCUCAGGUGUAAACCACCACUUGCAGCCAGUUAUAUUUGGAUGUGCUUUGCUGAUAGAUGAGAAUGAGUACUCUUUUAUUUGGUUAUUUGAAACUUGGCUUGAAGCAAUGGGUGGUCGGCCGCCUGUUUGUUUUGUAACUGACCAGAAUAGAGUCAUGGCAGCGGCAACAGCCAAAGUGUUUCCAGAGACCUGCCAUCGUUUUUGUAAAUGGCUUAUUUUUAGCAGAUGUAAGCAGAAGUUAGCUCAUGUAUAUUCAGCACAUCCUACAUUGAAAGCUGAGCUUGAAAAUUGUGUGAAUGAGUCUGAAUCAAUCAGAACUUUUGAAACAAACUGGGCUUCGAUAGUUGAUAAAUUUGAUCUUAUGAAGAACACGUGGCUGCAGGGCUUGUUUAACAUUCGUCAGAGAUGGGUUCCUGUGUAUUUAAAGGACUACUUUUUCGCAGAGAUGUCGCCGUCUCAGAAAUUAGAGACCAUGAAUGAUUUUUAUAAGAAACAUUUCAAUACAAAGACCUCUUUGAAGGUUCUUCUCGCACAGUUUGAGUUGGCCAUGGCGAGCAGAUAUGAAGAGGAAGUACAAGCCGAGUUGAAUACGAUUUGCACAAACCCAAUUUUGAAAACUGCAUCGCCCAUAGAAAAGCAAGCGGCGCUCAUUUACACGAGGACGAUAUUUGAAAAGUUUCAAGAGGAGUUUGUGGAGUCAUUCGGGUACAAUGUUCACAAAGUAAAGAAUGGACCUGUAAGUAAAUUCAAUGUGACGAGAGAUGAUGAUGCUUUAGAAACAUUUAUCGUCACUUAUGAUGCAGCGAAAAGUAUAGCGAGUUGUAGCUGCAAGCACUUUGAGUUCUCGGGGAUUUUGUGCAGGCAUAUAAUGGGUGUGUUCUUGAUGGUUGAUGUCCGAAUUCUUCCACGAGAGUAUUUUUUGAGGCGGUGGACAAGAAAUGCAAUGGGAGGAGCACUUUUGGAUGAAGAUUCUGCUGAAAACCAAGUUUCAUGUAACGCUUCAUUCUCAUCGAGAUUCACUGAUCUUUGCCACGAUGCCAUUAAAUAUGCAGAGAAAGGAGCGAUUUCCAUAGAAAUAUACAGAGUAGCAAAGGAUGCUUUACAUAAGGUUUUUGCUGAAAUUAUUGCUAAUGAAAAAAAUACAAGUCCGGGUGCACAUAGAGAUGCAAUCAAUAUUAAUGAAGAAAUUCCAAUAGAUGAUGCAAUGAAUGAUCAAUCACUACAAGAUCCAGAGCGGAAGGUUACUAAUUUUCUGGGACAGCUGCUUGGCUCUUCAUGGUCACCCAUGUAAAAUUUCUUAUUGCAGAAAUAUAUAUAUAUAUUUCUCUUGAAAUUAUUUGGCUAAGUUCAUUUAAAGGUAUUGCAGAUUACAAGAGCAGAAGCAGCCUACAGGCAAGUUCUCAACCACAAUGUUUGGGAAAUUAAUUAGGUUGACUAUUUUAAUAAUAUUAUGCACUGUUGGAGUUAGAUUUAAAAUAUGUAUUUUUGUCUUAGAGGUUGGUGUAUAGGCUAUGUUUUUCUUUGUAAAAUAAAAAAUAAAAAAAAAAUAAAAAAGGAUUUAGUUUUAU